AUGGUAUCAUUACAAUCCGACACCAGCAUACUAACGGACAACAUCCCACUCGUAUCUCAUACCCAUGGAAGAAAGCGACGAACGGAACGGAAUAUCCAACGCAAGGAACUUCAGGCGGCUAUCAAAUAUGGACAGAAAGAAACUGCCAAUCCAGGACGGGAUGGUUCCACACGCUGGCGGUACACUUACAAUGGGGUUGUAUUUGUCACAGACGAAACCUCACGGCACGAAGUGACUUCGUGGCGCAUAGAUGGACACGACGAAGAAGAAGAUGUUGUGGCACCUGCAGAGGUGCAAUUGGCGGGAUCCAAGUGCCACGCCGUUCUAAUUGUGGAUCACAGUGGCUCGAUGCGAACUUCAGACGUUCCAGGAUACGAAAGCCGAGCGCAUGCUGUGUACGAAUGCUUGAAACGGGACUUUGUCAAGGAGCAGCUCAAGUCGGGGGCGGCCACUGACGUCGUUGUGACUGUGAUUUCCAUGAGCGACGCUGCAACUGUACUGCUACACAAGAAGCCUUUAAACGAAUCAUUGAUUAAUGAUUUACAACGAUUGUCAAAACGACGACCUAAAUCUCAUGGCAACUAUAUUCCAGCUUUGGACAAGGCGUUAGAAGUGAUGCGAGCUGAUGCCGAAAAUGCAUCAAGCCUUCUUUUACUUUUUUUCUCAGAUGGUGCACCUAGUGACCAGACAAACAUGAAAUGUGUACAUGGUGUCAAUAUCUUUGAUAUCAACCGCAAGAUUGAUCCAAAAAUGGGACAUAAAUCGAAGAGCCAGGCUUGGAAAUGCGUACAUGGGAUGGCCAGUAAUGUGGAAAAACAGUGUUGCGAGCGGGUCAAGUCCAUUGGCAAAAUAUUUGGUCCCGAUAAGGUCAUCUUUCGUACUCUUGCGUUUGGGCCGCAAACGGAGAACUUUGCAUUGCUGGAGAAAAUGGCGAAGGAAUUGCCUCGGGGUGAAUUUCAAAAGCUAGGCUUGAAUGCUGCAAACUUGAAGACGUCUUUCUCUUCAUUGAGUAGCUCACUUUCGACGCUGAGAACGGAAGGUGGGCAUAGGGUCUUGACUCGUAGGUCAGACAAAGUUGUUGACAAAAACCAAAAAGUUGAUAACACGGGACUUUUAAUUGAUGGCACAGAUGGCUGGUGGAUCUAUGCCCACCAAGAUUUCAUUGGCAAGUUUGAGUUCAAGGAUGAUACUGCUACUUCAAAAAAGUUUCGACGUGUCAACCUUGUCGGAGGAGCCAAUGGAAUUGCCUUUUUGCAGCAGCCAUUUGCAGAGGGUGCCGAACGGUUCGUUUAUCGUUGUACUGAGAUUGAAUCGAGUGCAUAUUCAUACGUCGACGCUGCAUCCAGCGAUAACAUAGCAGGGCGUUGUGGACUACGUUUGGUCGCCAAGGAAGCCAAGGAUCUGGAAAACCACCACCAAGGUCGCAAGUUCCACGAAACAUUUGCUCGCAUUCAAGCCGACGCGGGCAAACUGGCCCAGUCAUUCACAAGGCGGUUGCCUCGUGACAGGCCUGAAUGGAAUCUUAAUUUCAUCAAGACGCAUAUCUAUGGUUGUAAAGAUGACUCGUAUCAAAAUGGCGAUGCAUGGAUUCUUGUCGAACCCGAACUCGAUGGCAAGUUCACCAAGUGGAACAAUAAUGCUGGAGAAAUCAGGGGUCAAACGAGUAAGCAAGGAACCCCCUCGGGCAUGGGGGGCAUGGGGUUCUUGGAAGAGCUAGAAGAAUCCGACGAGGAGGGUGAUGGGACAGUCCCCAUCCAAGUAGACGACAUGCCGCAAGCUUUCUCUCACUUUUCGUAUGAAGCUUCGAACGGGAAGCAAUUGGUUUGCGAUCUGCAGGGUGUUUGGAAUGCCGAUGACGGCUUUGUUCUGACCGAUCCAGUCAUUCAUUAUGUCUGCUCGAGGGGUCGGAAACAUACGAAUGGUGCCACCGAUAAAGGUGAAAUAGGAGUGAAGAAAUUUUUCGAAACGCACGUGUGCAACUCUCUUUGCAAACGAAUGGGUCUCCCGAAAAGGACAGCAGUGAGUCUUAUUCGACAGUAA